CGAUCAUUGACCCCAGUAAAAGCUGCGUGAUCCUCUGCUUUUCUUUCAUUACUUCCACUGGGUCCGCUUUCUUAACAACCAGUUCGACCUUCCUCGUCGUUCUGCACGUCUAGCACCCACUCUGAACAGCCAUGUCGGCCUACGAUCACUCCAGAGUGCAGCAAUUCAUCGGCGGCAACUCGUUGGACGCGGCUCCAUUGAGUAACAUGCUUGAUUUUGUCAAAGCGCACGGAGGUCAUACUGUGAUCACCAAAGUCCUCAUCGCGAACAACGGUAUUGCUGCCGUCAAAGAGAUUCGUUCCAUACGUCAAUGGAGCUACGAGACGUUCGGACGAGAACGUGAGGUUGAGUUCACCGUUAUGGCGACUCCAGAAGACUUGAAAGUCAACGCCGAGUACAUUCGUAUGGCUGACAGGUAUGUCGAGGUCCCGGGAGGUUCCAACAACAACAACUACGCCAAUGUCGAUCUCAUUGUCGAUAUCGCUGAACGUGCAGGCGUGCAUGCCGUCUGGGCUGGAUGGGGUCAUGCCUCCGAGAACCCACGUCUGCCGGAGAGUUUGGCGGCCAGCAAACACAAGAUUGUGUUCAUUGGUCCCCCGGGAACUGCGAUGAGGAGCUUGGGAGACAAGAUAUCGAGUACCAUCGUCGCUCAACAUGCUCAGGUUCCUACCAUGCCUUGGUCAGGCACUGGCAUCUCCGACACUAUCCUUUCGAAGGAGGGUUAUGUCACCGUUCCUGACAAAGCAUAUAUGGACGCUUGUGUCACUUCGGUUGAGGAAGGCUUGAAGAGGUCGAAGGAGAUAGGGUACCCUAUCAUGAUCAAGGCCAGUGAAGGUGGAGGCGGAAAGGGUAUACGAAAGGUGGAUAGUCCAGAAGGAUUCAAGAACGCAUUUCACGCUGUUGCUGGUGAAAUUCCUGGGUCUCCAAUAUUCAUCAUGAAGCUCGCCGGACAGGCACGCCACUUGGAAGUUCAGCUUCUUGCUGAUCAAUACGGAAAUGCCAUCUCCCUCUUUGGACGUGAUUGUUCCGUCCAACGACGUCACCAGAAAAUCAUUGAAGAGGCGCCCGUGACGAUCGCACCAGAGGCUACUUUCGAACAGAUGGAGAGGGCUGCUGUUCGUCUGGCUAAGUUAGUGGGAUAUGUCAGUGCAGGGACUGUCGAAUACCUGUAUAGUCAUGCAGAAGACUAUUUCUAUUUCCUUGAACUGAACCCACGUCUCCAAGUCGAGCAUCCGACUACCGAGAUGGUGUCAGGUGUCAAUUUACCUGCCGCACAACUCCAAGUUGCCAUGGGUAUUCCUCUUCAUCGUAUCCGUCAUAUCCGCCAACUCUACGGUGUCGCACCAAACGCCUCUUCCGAGAUCGACUUUGACAUGAUCAAGCCUGACGCCAACCAGCUUCAGCGCAAGCCCCGCCCCAAAGGGCACGUCGUUGCCGUUCGUAUCACUGCUGAGAAUCCUGAUGCUGGGUUCAAACCAUCCUCCGGUUCUCUGCAAGAACUGAACUUCCGUUCUAGCACGAACGUUUGGGGUUACUUUUCUGUUAGUACUGCCGGUGGAUUGCACGAGUUUGCGGACUCGCAGUUCGGUCACAUCUUUGCUUAUGGCGAGGACCGAAGCGAGAGUAGAAAGAACAUGAUCAUUGCUUUGAAGGAGAUCAGCAUCCGUGGAGAGUUCCGGACGACUGUCGAGUAUCUGAUCAAGCUGUUGGAAUUAGAGGCGUUCAAGAAUAACACCAUUACCACUGGAUGGCUCGACUCCCUAAUCAGCAACAGGCUUACUGCAGAGCGGCCCGACGCCACCUUGGCUGUUAUUUCCGGUGCUGUUACCAAAGCAUACCUGGCCUCUGAGGCGUGCUGGACCGAGUACAAGCGCAUUCUGGACAAAGGCCAAGUUCCUUCUCGAGAUACCUUGAAGACGAUUUUCAGCAUUGACUUCAUCUAUGAGAACGUCCGAUACUCGUUCACUGCUGCUCGUUCUUCUAUGACCGUAUGGACUCUCUACCUCAAUGGUGGACGGACUAUGGUCGGCGCACGCCCUCUGGCCGAUGGUGGAUUGCUCGUUUUGUUGGACGGAAAGAGUCACUCUGUGUACUGGCAGGAGGAAGUUGGUGCGUUGCGGUUGAUGGUUGACGCCAAGACCUGCUUGAUCGAGCAAGAAAAUGAUCCUACCCAACUAAGGAGUCCAAGUCCCGGAAAGCUCAUCCGGUACUUUGUCGACAGUGGUGAUCAUAUCAAUGCUGGUGAACCGUAUGCUGAGAUUGAGGUUAUGAAAAUGUACAUGCCGCUUGUCGCCUCAGAAGAUGGUAUCGUUCAGUUCAUCAAGCAGCCUGGUGUCAGCCUCGAACCUGGAGAUCUUGUUGGAAUCCUCACCCUCGAUGACCCUGCCCGUGUCAAGCACGCUAAGCCUUUUGAGGGCCUUCUUCCCUCGAUGGGCACGCCUGGUGUCGUCGGCAACAAGCCUCACCAACGCUUGGUCUAUUGUUUGACUCUUCUCAAUGACAUCCUGGAUGGCUUCGACAACCAGGCAACCAUGGCAUCCACCGUCAGAGAUUUGAUUGAAGUUCUCCAUGACCAAGACCUGCCCUACUCCGAAGUUCGUGCCAUCCUGUCGGCUCUUUCGGGUCGUAUGCCAUCCAAGUUAGAGGACAGCAUACGUGCGGCUCUUGAUUCGGCUAAGGCUAAGGGAGAUAACCAAGAAUUCCCCGCCCUUAGAAUCAAGAAACUUCUCGAACACUAUAUUCUGGAUCAUGUUCUUCCUCAGGACAGGACAAUGUUCCGUGCUCAACUUGGCGAUCUCUUUGACGUCAUUGAUCGAUUUAUCAGCGGCUUGAAGGGACACGAGACCGAGACGAUCACGAACCUUUUGGCGCGUUACGAGGCCACUGAGAAGCUCUUUGGUGGAAGCAUAGAAGCUCGUGUUUUAGCUCUCCGUGAUCAAUACAAGGACGAUUCAGACAAGGUCGUCGCCCUUGUUCUGAGCCAUAUCAAGGUCCAGAGCAAGGCAAAGCUUGUCAUGGCUCUCCUUGAUCAUGUCAAGACUGGCGGCCUCGCUGUAUCGGACCCAGAAAGCCGACUCUACCAGGUUCUGCAAGGCCUUGCUGCUCUCGAAGCGAAAUCCUCGACGUCUGUGUCUCUGAAGGCUCGUGAAGUAUUGAUCUUUGGCCAGAUGCCAUCAUACGAAGAACGCAUGACGCAAAUGGAGUCUGUCCUCAAGAAUUCGGUCACGAACCAGUACUAUGGCGAGCAAGGCCGGGGCCGAAGGACUCCUUCUGCUGAAGUGUUGAAGGAACUUAGUGACUCUCAAUUCACUGUAUAUGAUGUGCUUCCGACAUUCUUCAACCACCCAGACCCUAUGGUCACCCUUGCCGCGUUCGAGGUGUAUGUCCGUCGUGCAUAUCGAGCAUACAGUGUGCUUUCAAUUGACUAUGAAGAGGGUGAUACCCUAGAUGAUGGCGAGAUCCCAAGUGUUCUUACGUGGCGGUUCAAUAUUGGGCAAUCUCACUCUCCUCCGUCAACACCGCGUAUCGCUUUUGGCGAACCUCGUCGCUCUGGUUCAGUCAGCGACCUUACGUACUUGAUCUCCAAGAACCAGGCGCAGCCCAUCCGCACUGGUGCUAUCGCUUCCUUCCCCGACUUUGCUGCCCUUGUGCGCGGUUUCGGCAAAGUGGCUUCAAUGUUGCCACUGUUCGAUGCCGAGGAACACGAGCAACGUCAUGGAAGAGAUGGCCAGCCGCCUAACGUCAUCAACAUCGCUUUACGUCUAUUUAAUAAAGAGGACGAUAUGCCCGAGGAUGACUGGUUUGCCAAGAUCACUCCGUUUAUCAACGAACAGCGCGAAAUUCUGGAUCGUCGUGGCGUUCGCCGUGUCUCCAUUCUCCUUUGCCGACAAGGUCAAUACCCUGUUUAUGUUACCUUACGCGAGGUCGAUGGUGUGUGGGGUGAGGAGCAGGCUAUUCGUAACAUCGAACCUGCCCUCGCUUUCCAAAUAGAAUUGAGCCGUCUCAAGAACUAUAUCUUGAAACCUGUGUUCGUCGAGAGCAAGCAAGUUCACAUGUACCAUGCUGUUGCGAGGGAGAAUCAGCUGGACAACCGGUUCUUCAUCCGAGCGUUGGUCCGACCUGGUCGCCUCCGUGGUACCAUGAGCACGGCCGAGUACCUCAUCUCUGAGACCGACAGGCUCAUCACGUCUAUUUUGGACGGUCUCGAGUUUGUCUCUGCCCAGUAUCGCAAUGCCGACUGCAACAAUAUCUUCAUCAACUUCGUCUACACACUCGCUGUGACCUACGAGGAUGUUCUAGCUGCCAUCUCUGGUUUCAUUGAGCGCCAUGGCAAACGGUUGUGGCGUCUGCAUGUUACUGGUUCUGAAAUCAGGAUCGCUCUGGAGGAUGAUGAAGGGAACGUAACUCCCAUUCGUUGUAUCCUUGAAAAUGUGUCCGGCUUCAUCGUGAACUACAACGCCUACCAGGAGAUCACGACGGACAAGGGCACGACCAUUCUCAAGUCGAUUGGUGAGAAGGGCCCUCUUCACCUCCAACCCGUCCAUCAAGCAUACCCUACGAAGGAGUCUUUGCAGCCCAAGCGGUAUCAAGCCCAUUUGAUCGGCACCACUUACGUCUACGACUUCCCCGACCUCUUCUCGAAGGCAUUGCAAAACGUUUGGGUGAAGGCACGCAAGACUGAUUCGUCUCUUGUGCCGCCGAAGGUGUUCUUGGAGUCUAGGGAGCUUGUUCUUGAUGAACAUGACCAGAUUACCGAAGUAGACCGUGCUCCGGGAAAUAAUACUUUCGGAAUGGUUGCUUGGGUAUUUACUAUGAAGACUCCGGAGUAUCCCAACGGAAGAAGGGUGGUUGCAGUUGCCAAUGACAUCACCUUCAAAAUCGGUUCAUUUGGACCGCUUGAAGACCAAUUCUUCUACCUCGUCACCCAAUACGCCAGGGACCAUGGUAUUCCUCGCAUUUACCUAUCUGCCAACUCAGGUGCCCGACUUGGUGUUGCUGAUGAAGUCGUACCGCUGUUCUCUGCUGCAUGGAACGACGACGCGCAGCCGGAAAAGGGCGUAAACUACCUCUAUCUGACACACGAGAACUUCCUCAAAUUGCAAGAGAAGGGUCCUUCCGUUAAGACGGUCGAGAUCCACGAGAACGGAGAACGCCGCCACAAGAUCACCGACAUUAUUGGUCUGCAGGAUGGUUUGGGAGUGGAGUCGUUGAAAGGCUCUGGUCUCAUUGCUGGAGAGACGUCGCGCGCCUAUGAUGAUAUCUUCACAAUCACUUUGGUUACCGCCCGUUCUGUCGGUAUUGGUGCCUAUCUUGUUCGUCUCGGAGAGCGUGCUGUACAAGUAGAGGGUCAACCUAUUAUCCUGACUGGUGCCGGAGCACUUAAUAAAGUGCUUGGCCGAGAGGUUUACACCUCAAACUUGCAACUCGGUGGUACCCAGAUCAUGUUCAAGAACGGUGUUUCGCACCUUACGGCCAGUAGCGAUCUCCAAGGUGCUACUCAAAUCUUGGAGUGGAUGUCCUAUGUUCCGGAUGUCAAGGACGGUGCCAUUCCGGUUCGUGAAACCCCCGAUAGCUGGGACCGUGACAUCGGCUACACACCGCCGAAGGGACCAUACGAUCCUCGUUGGUUCAUCGAAGGAAAAGAGGAUGAGACUUCGUCGGAGUGGCUCAGUGGAUUCUUUGACAAAGGUUCCUUCCAGGAGACAUUGAGUGGUUGGGGACAAACAGUUGUCGUUGGUAGGGCACGUCUUGGCGGUAUUCCUAUGGGUGUGAUUGCCGUGGAGACUCGCACCAUCGAGCGCAUAGUCCCUGCUGAUCCCGCCAACCCGGCCUCGUUUGAGCAACACAUCAUGGAGGCCGGUCAAGUAUGGUACCCCAAUUCCGCCUACAAGACUGCCCAGGCAAUCUUUGACUUUAACCGAGAAGGUCUUCCUCUCAUCGUCUUUGCCAACUGGCGUGGUUUCUCUGGAGGUCAACAGGAUAUGUACGAUGAAGUCUUGAAGCAAGGCUCGAAGAUCGUCGACGGUCUCUCAAGCUACAAGCAACCCGUCUUCGUUUAUAUCGUUCCUAAUGGCGAACUUCGUGGUGGUGCUUGGGUCGUUCUUGAUCCUUCUAUCAACAAGGAGCAGAUGGAGAUGUACGCUGACAUUGACGCUCGUGCUGGUGUUCUGGAACCUGAGGGUAUCGUAGAGAUCAAGAUGCGUCGUGACAAGUUGCUUGGACUGAUGGAACGACUUGAUGAGACCUAUGCUUCUCUCAAGCGCGAUAGCAAGGACAGCGGCAAGACACCCGACGAGCGCGCUGCUGCCAGUGCUGCGUUGUCCAACCGUGAGCAGCUGCUGACACCAACGUAUAAGCAGAUUGCCACUCUGUUUGCUGAUCUCCACGACCGUACUGGUCGCAUGGAAGCCAAGGGCUGUGCAAAACCAGCCGUGUGGAAAGACGCACGUCGACACUUCUACUGGGCUGUGCGAGCGCGGGUUGCACGGUCUGCUGCUCUUCGCGAACUCGCCGAUGCCAGCCCUGGAGCUACGUACGAGUACCGUGCCAGGCUUCUCGAUACCCUUGCCUCGCUCGAGCCGACAACGCCUUACCGGCAGAUGGCUGAAAAUUUAGAAGAUUUGGACCUCGCACCCACGAUCGUUCAACUACGCGCUGACCAUCUGCUACGGCGUCUAUUGGAGCUUUCCAAGGAAGAUCGCAAAGCAACAAUGAACAGUAUCAUGCGUCUGGCAGACAAUAUGUCUGAAGACGAGAAGACAUCGUUGAUUGGCGUUCUACAAACCUCCUCUCGUUCACCAGGGCCUCCUUCGUACGCUCACUCGUAAAAUGUGUAACCUGCACUCGCCUCUUAGUUGUAAUUAUAUCAUUUGUUCUCUUUCACUCAAUACGUUUACCCUCAAUUGCUGUAUAACCACUUCGACAUACAUAGACAUACUUUAUUUUGCUCACGCAUUGCUUUACAUGAUCGGAUGUCCACCUCCAUAAGUCUAAUCGUACUUCUUCAUUGUGUAUCAGACAGCCGCGAAAGAAUCCAUAAGAAGUCAGAAACCCGUCGGGUUUUCUUUGUGUAGUGAGCUAAGUAUCACAAAC